AACCAAAAGGUCUAACCUGGCCUGGAGACCGGCAAUUUCAUCCUCCAUCUUAUCGUGAGCCCUCUUGAGAAUGGUUCGCCGUUCUUCUUUUAUUGUUUCUGCUGUUGCUGUUGCUGCUCCCCGCAUACACAAAGAGAGCGAGCGGAGAGUCUCUAAAUCCCCAUCACAAGUAGACGGUGGGAACGCCAUCGUUCAGGGAAGGCCGAACGGCCACAGAUGCGAUCAAACCGCAAGUGGUAUGACCGUGGAUGGCGUACCUUCCGAAAAAUUUGCUCGCAUCCACUUCGUUUUGAAAGUGGAUGUAUGCGCCGUUUUGGUCAAGCAUUUUGACCACAUGCUGUGGAUUUAUCUGCCCACAGUGGAAGAUUACUGUUUUUAGCUCUUCAUCGCUAAGAUUAUGCAGCUGUCCUCCGACAACGACCUGACAGGAAGGGAUAAAGCACGAUGAGCACAUUAUUAAAAUAAAAUAAGAGAAACACUACAUGUACUAUAAAAUACGCCAGAAGUUAGACUAGUUCUACGUGCACUGCCUCUAUCCAUUACCUAUGAUGUUGGCCAACAAAACUUUUGAUCAUCUUGUUUAUAUUCAAGAAGAAAGAGAAAA